AUUAAUUCAAAGUAGUAGAAACAAGCCUUAACAUAUAAAAAAUUAAUAAGUUUGUUAAAAUUCAUCAAAAAUCAAAAAAUUAGAAAGAAGAAUAAACAUAUUUUAGGUAAAAAACAUAAAUUAAUGAGUAAGGUCAAAGAUAAAAAUGAAAAGUUAAAAUAGGAUUUAUUUGCAGGCGCUAAACAAAAAGAAGAAAAUUUUUCGAUUUAGUCAUUAAAGAGUAGUAAUAGUCAUAUUAGGGAAUCUGCUGCGUUGAUGGAUAAGUAUGUGGAUUCAUUUUCUUUGAUUUCUUAAGGCAUCAAUAGCGGUACUAAAUAAUUAGAAGGAAUUGACAAUGUUUAUUAGGCAAAUCAACAUAAACUUUUAUAAGGAUAAUUUUUGUAAAAAGAAUUGCAUAAGAGAAAUUAGAAAAAUAAGCUAAUGGUUUAAGGAAGCUUUUUUUUCUUGAUCUUUGUAGUUAUUUUUAUUUUCUUAAGAAGAUUGUUUUUUAGAGAUUUAUAUAAAUGGUAGUGGUUUAAUUCAGCUACUACAACAUUUGAUACUCUUCCAAGCAAUGCUGAAUUUAUCCUUUCAGGGUAAAAUCAGCAUACUUAAUUUACUAUUUCAGAUGGAUCUCUUUGA